AUGACGGCGCUUCCGGUCCCGCUGCCCUCAGCGACUAUGGCGGCAGUGGAGAAGCGGCGGCCGGCGAUGGCACCGACGGCCGGUUUCAUGGACAGCGGCCGACCGUCGGUGUCCCGGGCGGCGGCGUCUGCCGAGAGCGAGGAGGACUUUCUACGGCAGGUUGGCGUGACGGAGAUGCUGCGCGCGGCGCUGCUGAAGGUGCUGGAGGCGCGGCCCGAGGAGCCCAUCGCCUUCCUGGCGCACUAUUUCGAGCACAUGGGCCUGCGCUCGCCCGCGGAUGGCGGCGCCGGGGAGCCCCCGGGCCAGCUCCUGCUGCAGCAGCAGCGCCUGGGCCGCGCGCUCUGGCACCUCCGCCUGGCUCACCACUCGCAGAGGACGGCCUUCAACAACAACGUGAACGUGGCCUAUGAGUGCCUGAGCGCCAGCGGGCGCAGGAAGAGGCCGGGGCUGGACGGGCGCACCUACAGCGAACUGCUGCGACGCAUCUGCAGGGACGGUGCGGCGCCAGAGGCCGUGGUGGCUCCGCUGCUGCGCAAGAUCCAGUGCCGGGACCAUGAGGCCGUGCCACUGGGCGUCUUCCGGGCCGGCAUGCUCACCUGCUUUGUGCUGCUCGAGUUCGUGGCGCAGGCCGGCGCCCUCUUCCACCUGCUGGAGGACCCAGCCCUGGCCGUGGCAGAUCGCCGCGUGGGCCAGGCGGUGCUGGACACCCUGGAGGGAGCCCUGGGCACCGGCGAUGGAGCCACCACGCCUGCCCACUACCUGGAGGCCGGCUCGCGCCUAGGGCCUGACAGCCUGGCCCUGGCCAUGGACCGGGCUGCCGCAGGGAGGCGGCCCAGCUCCCCGAUGACCCGGGAGGAGUUCCUGGAGAAGGCGGCCGCCCUCUUCAUUGCCAAGGUCAAGCCCGUGAGCUGAACCCCGCCGUGCCUCACUCAGAGACUCCACGGCCCUGCGUGGGGGGGGUUCCACAGGACCUCCCUGCCCCAGGUCAAGACCUGGAGCCGUACCCCAACUCUCCCAGGAAGUGCAGACCUUGCUAGCUCCAGCGGGUCCUGCCUCGUGGUAAUAAAACAUGGUGUGAGGCUGA